AUGCUUUCAAAGAUUGUAGCCGAGAUCGCUCAGAAGGUUUUGAGCCAGCAAGAAGAGACCCAGCGUCAAAUCAAGACGGCCAUAUCGUUGGUUCAGCAGGGGGUGGGUCCCUGGAGUCUGGAUUUGGAGAAUAUCAAAUGGCCCACGUACGAUUAUGCCUUAAAACACGUGGCGGGACUCAUUGAAGACCCCGUGGAACAGGCAAAAGCCUUGGGAAGGGUGGAUAAACAGGUGAAGGAAUACAAGGAGUUUUUAAUGCCUGCAUUACAGGAUAAAUAG